CUUAAGGGCCUCCCCCGCCAAGUGUGUCACGCAUGAGCCUUGGGCAAGCAGGAGCUGACGUGGACAGACUCCGGCGUGGAGAAGGCAAAGUCAGUCAGCAACUGUGUUAUCAGCCCAUCUGUGUUGUUUAUGGGGGUCAGUGACUGGCUCUUUGAGAAGGCCUGGUGUCCUUGUCCUGGGGCUGGCGUGCUGUUCAAAUGAUGCGCCUGUUUAUCUUCUCAGAGACAGCCGUGUCCUUCAGGGAGCGCAUAAAAAGCGAAACGCCGGAGCGGCUGGCAAACGCCUUCAGCUUUGCAUGAGAGCCGAGAGAAGACCACACAGCCUAAAGCGACAGCCAUGCUUCCAGCCACCUUCAAGCUUUGUGCGGGCAUCUCCUACAGGCACCUGCGCAAUAUGACAGGCCUUCAGAAGACGGCAGCCGUCGCCCUCAGCCAAAAGUUGCGGAGAUUUGCUGACCCGGGACCUGGGAAUUGGAUCAGCCAAGUGCGCAGGAGGAGCUCUCUGCUGAGCUGCAGGACGGAGGAGAAGCGGCCGUACGGUGAGGCGGAGAUGUCCUAUGUGAGACAGGGAGAGGAGGCCAUGCAGAAGUCUGUGCACAUCCUCGGUGACUUGGACGGCUGGAAGACGGAGACUGUGGCUCCUAAUGGUGACCGGGUCCUAAGCAAAGUGCUGCCUGAUGUUGGCAAAGUGUUCAAGCUUGAGGCUGUCUUGGAUCAGCCUCUAGCCACUCUCUACACAGAACUGGUGGAUAACAUGGAGAGUAUGGGAGACUGGAACCCCAAUGUGAAACAAGUGAAGAUCCUUCAAAAGAUUGGCCAAGAUACUAUGGUGACUCAUGAAGUUGCCUCCGAGACUCCUGGGAACAUUGUCGGCCCCAGAGACUUUGUGAGCGUGCGUUGUGCCAAACGCCGUGGAUCUACCUGCUUCCUUGCUGGCAUGUCGACUAAAUACUCCAGCAUGCCAGAGCAGAAGGGCGUUGUGAGGGCUGAAAACGGCCCCACAUGCAUUGUCCUGCGGCCAAAUGCAGAAGAUCCGACAAAGACAAAAUUCAUAUGGCUCCUCAGUUUAGACUUAAAGGGUUGGCUCCCGAAAACCAUCAUCAAUCAAGUUCUGUCCCAAACACAGUUGGACUUUGCACAGAAUCUGAGAACUCACAUGCAAGAAGGUGCACCCUCUGUAGCUGUCGCCUGCUGAGCUCAUCUGUAAAUUUAAACCACCUUAAACCAUUCAAGGUGAUGACACAAAAAGAAUAGCAAAUUACUCUGCUUAAUAGGUUUCCAACAAAUAUAAGCCAAUUUGCUUUAGCCUCUGAAUUGCUUUUAAACUAAGUGUGCUUUGAUGAAUUAGUGUUAGGACUGUGGCACAUCUGAAAAGAAGCAUGAAACUGAUUGCUCUAUUAAGACCUAUCUGAAGGAAAGGUCCAAUUAUUUUAGGUGAAAUGCAACAAGCCUGAAACAUCUAAAAGUUACAGACUAACUAAUAACACUGCACUUAAUAUCAUACCAUGACAAUCAACAAGCAAGCGAUGUCAAAAGUAUAACAUUAUUUAGGUUGCAAAGACAAAAGAUGACCAGUGCAUAGACCUUCAUAAAGAUCAAUUGCUUCAUAGCUUGUAAUAUUUAAAGCAAACUUCUCACUCAAACAUUAGGGGAGGUGCAGAUAAACCUCUGAAUGACCACUGUGGAAAAUACACUUUUCUUACAAACAGUCACACAAUCACAGUUAAAGGGAUUACUGGAAAAGUUCUUCUUUCUUAAUCAAUUUCCUUUUAGGUACUGUUUUACAUUAAAACAUAAAUAUUGCUUUGCCAUGUUUUAGAGCAACUGUAGUCAGUUUGAUUAGUUUGAGGCUGAUGAUUUUGAAGGAAAUAGUAAUUUUUCAAUAAUAAAGGAUAAAAUGUAUAAAAGUCAAUGCAAUCAUCCCAGAAGCCAUAUUUAUUAGAAAAUGUUUUAAAAAAGAAAAAAAAUUUG